AUGACAAACAAUUACUUGGAUAGGUUGGAUUACGAUUUUAAAAUAAAAGAUGUUACUAAUAUAAGGGAUAUAAAUUUACAAGCUAAAGAAAAUAAUAUUGAAAGUUUUCAUGAAAAAAUUUUAUUAAAUGAAGAAAAAAAUUAUUUAAAAAGAACUGGAUUAAUAUAUGGUACUCAAGAGGUAUUUAAAAAUAUAAUGGAUAGAGAAAUAGUUGCAAUAUCAAGAAGAUUACCUGGAAUAAAAAGUAGUUUAUUAUCUUUAGAUAUUUUAAGAAAUACUAUUGAUAGAAUAGAUUCCCAUGAAUAUAUGGAAAAGUUAGUUGAUCAUACAACAGAACCACUUUGUGAAAUCAUAGAAAGGAAGAUGAAUAUAUAA